GGCUGGACCACAGCCUGUGAGGUGCGGGAGAUUGUGCACGCUUUUGAAGGAUGCGCUUCUGUUGCGCGCGACGGCGCGUCCUGUAGAGAUUCUGUAUGGGGAGCGUCUGGGUUUCUCUAUCUAUGUUUGGCUUUGUGCACGCAGACCUGUCACUGUUGGACACUCCGUAAGCGCGCGGCAUCACUUUACGGACGCGAGCAGAAGAAGCGGGCUGUUUAUCUUCUCGCACCAUCCAUAGCAUUGCUUUAAUGAAGAAACAGAUCUGCUAACAAUCUCACAGAAGGGACCCUUCAGAACAAGUAUGGGGUCACCAUGGAAACCACUUCUCUUGCUGUCAGUUAUCAGUGGCCUGGCAGAUUUGGCUAAAGCCGUCGCUGCGAGACCCAUCUCAUACGCGGCAGUGUUGCGGAUGAAGUCAGACAGUUCCUCAUCCUCCACGCUAAACUCCAGGAUGAGAUUAAGGAACAGUCACGGAGCGGGAUCGUCCGGUCAGGACUGGCCUCUGUUCUCCAGGCACAGAUACUCGGCCCUCAGCUCACAAGAGGACUACAUGAGCGAAGAGAGCGAAGAGUUCGGCCCAGUAUUCGUUCAGGAACCCGAUGACGCAAUCUUCGCCCUGGGCUCAGACGAUAAGAAAGUGAUAAUGAAUUGCGAAGCCAGAGGAAAUCCUGCUCCUACCUACAGCUGGCUGAUAAAUGGAUCGAAUGUGGAUGUAGAAGCAGAUUUCCGCUACAGUUUGAUUGACGGAAACUUGAUAAUACACAACGCAAGCGAGGCCAUUGAUUAUGGGAGAUACCAGUGCAGAGCAGAGAACAGCAUCGGCAUCGUCCUAAGCAGAGAUGCCCUCCUGCAGUUUGCUUAUCUGGGAGCGUUCAGCGGUCGGAGUAGAGGAGCUGUUAAUGUUCGGGAGGGCCAGGGAGUUGUGCUCAUGUGUGCACCUCCUCCUCAUUCACCAGAAAUCAUUUACAGCUGGGUGUUCAACGAGCUCCCCUCGUUCGUGGCGGAGGACAGCCGGAGAUUCAUCUCGCAGGAGACGGGAAAUCUGUACAUCUCCAAGGUGCAGCCCUCAGACGUGGGCAGCUACGUGUGCCAAGUGAAAAACACUGUGACCAACGCCAGGGUCCUGAGCCCACCGACACCCCUGACUCUGAAAACAGAUGGUGUCAUGGGGGAGUAUGAGCCCAAGAUUGAAGCACACUUUCCUCAGACGGUACUUGCAGCCAAAGGGGUCACGGUGAGACUGGAGUGCUUCGCCCUUGGGAAUCCUGUCCCCACAAUAACGUGGAGGAAGAUGAGUGGGAACAUCCCGAAAAAAGCCCGUCUGCGUAAAUCACAGGCUGUUCUUGAGAUCCCAAACAUUCAGCUGGAGGAUUCUGGGAGUUAUGAGUGUAAAGCUGAAAAUACCAGAGGAGGCACAGCGUAUAGAGGACAUCUGCAAGUCUACACUUUGCCGCAGUGGAUCAGUAUGAUAAAUGACACUCAACUGGACAGUGGAGAGCAGCUCCGUUGGGAAUGCCGAGCCGCAGGAAAGCCCAGGCCGACCUACCGCUGGAUGCGUAAUGGAGAAAUGCUCAACCCACAGAGCAGAGUGGAAAUGGUGAACGGGGAAUUGAUCAUUCACAAGUUGGAGCAGUCGGAUUCGGGAAUGUACCAGUGCAUUGCCGAGAACAAAUAUGGAAGCGUCUACUCCAACGCAGAGCUCAAAAUACUGGCGUCAGCACCCAUCUUCAGCACCAAUCCUAUCCGACUCAUUGCCACCGUGGGGAGAGACGUCUCUUUGGAGUGCCGGCCCCGUGCGUCACCAAAACCAAGAAUUACAUGGAAGAAAAACGACAGGAGAGUCCAAACAAGCCGAAGGAUCACGUUGCUUCGCAACAACACCCUGCGCAUCAUUAACUCCAGCCGCACAGACGAGGGAAACUAUGUGUGCAGGGCUGAAAACCAGUUCGGAUCAGCCGAGUUAAUGACUGUGCUCCUGGUGAAAGAGCCCAUGCGGGUGGAGUUGAGCCCCAUCCGGGUGGAGGUUACAGUGGGAGAGAGUGUGGUGCUCAGCUGUAAGGUCACCCAUGACCCCUCUCUGGAUGUGUCCUUCCUCUGGCUGCUCAAUAACCAGCCGCUCAACGCUCAGCAUGAGGGCGGUCACUUUGAGUACAUUCAAACACAGUCUUCCACAGCAGACCUGAUGAUCAGGAGCAUUCUUCUGAAGCAUGCUGGGAAAUACGGCUGCCGGGCACAGACGAGCGCAGACAGCGUGCUUGCUGAAGCCGAGCUGCUCGUAAGAGGUCCUCCUGGACCUCCUGGUGUUGUGAUUGUAGAGGAGAUCACAGAUAGCACAGCCACGCUGUCAUGGAGCCACGGCGUUGAUAACCACAGUCCCAUCACCACCUACAACAUACAGGCACGUAGCCCUUUCUCUCUGGGCUGGCAGACAGUGAAAACCGAUCCAGACCCGGUGACAGGAAGCAUGGAAUCUGCCAUGGCGGUGGAGCUCAACCCCUGGGUGGAGUACGAAUUUCGGGUGGUGGCCACAAACGCCAUAGGAACGGGUGACCCGAGCGCCCCCUCCCGGGCGGUCCGCACUAAAGAAGCAG